AUGCGUGUUGCUGUCGUUGGCGCUGGACCUGGAGGUCUUGUUACGCUCAAGUACCUCAAAGAGGCUACCAAGUUCUUUGACAUUGACCCAAUUGACGUCCGUCUCUUUGAGCGUGAAGAUGAAGUUGGUGGAACCUUUACAAAGCGUACAUACGAGGAUGCAGAGCUUGUGUCUUCCAAGUAUCUGACAUGUUUCUCUGACUGGCGUGCGGACCUCGAAGAUCCAGACUUUUUGAGCGCUGAUAGGUUCAUUCGGUACUUGAAAGAGUACGCAGACCACUUCAACCUCUGGCCUGAGAUCUCACUCUCAACGCCUGUUACUUCUAUCAGGCGAGGCCAGGCUGGUGGUCACAUUGUUCAUUACCGUGGCCCAGAUGGUAUUGACAAGACUUGGGAAUGUGAUGCUGUCGCUGUCUGCAGCGGCCUUCAUGUCACACCCAAUAUCCCUGAUGUCCCUGGCAUCGACAAGGUCAAGAUUGUCAAGCACUCUUCCCAGUUCAAGAAGAGAGAUGAGUUUCCUCAAGGUAGCCAAGUUGUCGUUCUUGGUACUGGCGAGACGGGUAUGGAUAUCGCCCAUCUGGCUGUUACUUCGCCUACAAAGCGUGUUGUUCUUUGUCAUAGACAGGGUUUCCUUGGAGCACCAAAGAAAAUCCCCAAUCCUAUCUUAUUUCCCAUCUUUGGCAACAAGCCUAACCCCAAUGCCCAGGAGCUGCCCAUUGAUGUCAGCUGGCAAGCUCCACUGCUUGACUCCUACUUGCCACCCUUCUUGAGAGAUCGUCUCUUCACAUGGAGAUUCCAAGACAUCAACAUCAAGCUGGCUAACUGGCUUUGCUCUGGCACUACCGCCGGAGUUGACCAGUGGAUUGGAGGUCUUGAUGCUGACCGUUUCCAUACAUCUCAGAGUUUUUUCAACAAGGCUGUUUGGAGAUGCCUUCACUACAUCAGUGAGCCUUACCGACCUACCAACCCAGGUCUUGUAGAGCGCAUCCGCCGUGCAAUUGUCACGAUUCCUGUCAAGGAGGUGCCAGGCAACAAGUACAUCGACUUGGCUCCUUGGCCAACUCAUAUCGAUGAUAAAGGCAUUAUGCACUUCAGAGAGAACGGUCGCCCUGAAGCAGAGCGCAUGAAGACCCUCGGCUCUGUGAAGCCGGACAUGGUUGUCUACGCUACAGGUUACCGUCAGGAAUUUGGCUUCUUUGAUGAAGCCAAUAAGAAUGGUGAAGAUUACCCAACCUGCUCUGAUGCAGAUGUACGCUGCAUCUGGCGUCACAACGAUCCCACCGUUGGUUUCAUCGGCUUCAUCCGUCCUGGCUACGGUGCCAUUCCCCCUCUUGCAGAGCUUCAAGUCCAGCUUUGGCUCAUGACUCUCAUCAAGCCUGAGGUUGGCAAGUCUCUCAGCUCUAGGGAGGAGUAUCACUUCAAGCUCCAUGGCCACAAGCGUAUCGACUAUGGUGUUCACCACGAGUCUUAUGCGUACCAGCUGGCUCUUGAUAUGGAUGCUGUCCCCAGCUUCUGGGACGGCGUCCGAGUCGGUUGGAACGCAGGUGCUAAACACCCUGGUCUCUGGUGGCGUCUGCCUGUUUUGUGGUUGACUGGCGCUCAGUUCAACACCAAGUUCCGUGUGGUUGGACCUUAUCAGUGGGAUGGCGCUGUGGACGUUCUUGGUGGUGAACUUUGGGAGACUAUCACCAGACGCGAGGGUCUAUUUGGCGCCUUUGUUAUGACAAUUGUUCCCAUGACUAUGGUUGGUACGAGCAGCAUUAUCAUGUGGUUUGUGGGAUUGUUUACGGCGCUGCUGAGUGCAAUUGGAAGCUUUGCCAAGGGCACCUUCUGGAGAGUUGUGUAA